GAUAUCAAUCAAGGUGAUAGAUGAUGAGGAGUAUGAGAAAAACAAGACCUUCUACCUAGAGAUCGGGGAGCCCCGGCUGGUGGAGAUGAGUGAGAAGAAAGGUGGCUUCACCAUCACAGGGAAACUCUGGAAGGAGGAGAACGAAGAAAAACAGCCACUGACCAGCAAGGAGGGAGAGCGUCGAAUUGCGGAGAUGGGGCGCCCAGUCCUAGGGGAACACAGCAAGCUCGAAGUCAUCAUUGAGGAAUCCUAUGAGUUCAAGAACACGGUGGACAAGCUCAUUAAGAAGACGAACUUGGCCCUGGUGGUUGGCACAAACAGCUGGAGGGAGCAGUUUAUUGAGGCUAUUACUGUCAGCGCAGGUGAAGAUGACGAUGAUGAUGAAUGUGGGGAGGAGAAGCUGCCCUCCUGCUUCGACUAUGUUAUGCACUUUCUGACUGUCUUCUGGAAGGUCCUUUUUGCCUUCGUGCCCCCAACAGACUACUGGAAUGGCUGGGCUUGCUUCGUAGUCUCCAUCCUCAUGAUCGGCCUCCUGACAGCUUUCAUUGGCGACCUGGCAUCCCACUUUGGCUGCACCAUCGGCUUGAAGGACUCAGUCACUGCGGUCGUGUUUGUUGCACUGGGGACAUCAGUGCCAG